AUGCUUUUCCGAAACUAUAGAAACUAAACUUUUUAGAUUUACAGGAUUAGAACUUAAAUUGAUAAAUAAAAAAACAUAAUAAUAAAUAUUUUAGGUGUUUUGAAAAAUGAAAAAAAUAAUAUUCCAUAAGGAUAUGAAUCAUCAAUGAUUUUAGUGAGAUAUUGACAUGGAAUAGGGUCUUAAGGAAUGGACAUAUAAAAACUUUAAAUGAAAAACUGAAAUUAUAAUUUGUUUAUCAAUACCCCUUUUUUAAUUUUCGUAGCAGUUCAUCUGUUUUGACAAUAUAACCAUUUAAGCUAAAUUUUGCUUGUUAAUUAGCUAUAAAAAUUUAUUACUUUUACCUAUUGUAUAUUUUUAUUAUUGAAGAUCAUUAUAGAAUAGAGCUAAUUCAAGGAUUAAAAAUAUCUAACUCAUAAUUAAAUAAAGGUCUAUAAUUUACCAUUAAAUUACCAGGAUUUUAAAGAUCUGAAUAAACGAAUAAUUUAAAUCCUAUGAUUUCAUUAUUCAAGAUAUUCUUGGUUUUAAGUUAAAAAUAUCUUUAAUUAUUUAUAUGA